AUGCGCUGCUUUACGGGUUUAACCUUUGGACUUUUGGCAGCUAUUGCCAGCGCUGCUCCAAACAAGCCAGUGGAGCCACGGCAAACAACAGACCGCUAUGUCUUUGCGCAUUUCAUGAUGGGCAUCGUUGGCAAUCGACAAAGCGCGGAUGCAUAUGAUGCCGAUUUCUCUCUUGGUAAAGCAGCAGGUAUCGACGCCUUUGCCCUUAACAUGGGACCCGAUGUUACAAACGAGCAACUCAACUUCGCAUACGAGAGCGCGAACCGCAUCGGUAUCAAGGUCUUCAUCUCGUUCGAUUUCAAUGGUGGUCUGUUCUCUGUCAACGACCCAGCAGCCGUUGGCCAACGUAUUGCUGCGUUCAAGGACAAACCGGCUCAACUUAGAGUGGACCAGAAGCCAUUUGUUUCAACCUUCGCUGGCCCUGGUCUGAACGUUGCUGCUGUCGAGGCGGCCGCAGGUGCCGAUAUAUUCUUUCUUCCCAACUGGUACCCGGGUAAUGAUCAGACCGGCGCCGAUGGUUUCUUCAAUUGGAUGGGUUGGUACAGCGACAAUAACAACAACCCCGGCACAAUCCCGCCGAGCAACGGUGAUACAGCCUACAUAAACUGGGUUGGAUCUAAGAAUCGCUACAUGGCUCCUGUGUCUCCCUGGUUUUCUACGCACUACGGCGCCUGGGUGCCAUAUGUCAAGAAUUGGGUUUUCCAAAGCAACGACCUGUGGUUCACGCGUUGGAACGAAAUCCUGACGCUAGGCCCUCGAUUCAUCGAGAUUGUCACCUGGAACGAUUAUGGAGAGUCCGCAUACGUGGGUCCACUCUCGGGUCAACAUUAUGACGAUGGGCAUAGUAAGUGGGUCAACGACAUGCCUCACGGCGGAUGGCUCGAUAUGGCCAAACCUUACAUUACCGCGUAUAAGUCAGGAAGUACUGCCCCAGCCAUUACAGAGGAUAAACUGGUCUACUGGUAUCGUCCCACGCCCAAGGGAAUCACUUGCAGCGGCGAUGCCCUUGGCAAGCCUAACGGCUGGGACCUGAUGACCGACGAAGUUUUCGUCGUUGCGCUUCUCAAGACAGCUGGAACUGUGGUUGCAUCUUCCGGUUCUAACAGUAGGACGUUCGAAGCACCUGCAGGCGCCAGUCUACACAAACUGCCCAUGGGCGUCGGAGCUCAGAAGUUUACGCUUCGACGUGGCGAUAGUGAGAUCAUGUCAGCUACCUCUCUUCGCGACAUCGUCAACACUUGCCCUUGUGGCAUUUACAAUUUCAACGCCUAUGUUGGCACGGUUCCAGCAGCGGCACCUGAUGUGCUCGUUGACAACGCGGCUAUCACAUCGAGUGUUCCUCAAGGCUAUGUAUGUGAGCCAACGCCAUCACUUCCUAUUCGCGCAGCAGCAGCUAGAGUCACCGGUGCUGCAUAG